UCUUUCUUUGUAUUUAUCAACCAGAAGGUAACGUAGCAAAAGAGUUGUGGAGAGAGAGAGAGAGAGAGAGAGAGGUGGUGUUUGGACUCUGAAGCAGUUACAGGAGCCAUGGCGGCGACUAGAGGGAUGGUUUUGUACCUAUUGUCUGGCUUCUCUAUUGCUGUUCUAUCAGUUCUCUAUAUCAGCGACUACCCAAGUCAUACCAACGCUUACUCACCUCAUCUUUCUUCUCUAAACAAUACUCUUUUGCAUUACCCAUAUGGAUCUGAAUCCAAAGUUUGGCCUGAAUUGAAAUUUAGUUGGAGAAUUGUGCUGGCGACAGUGAUAGGGUUCUUGGGAUCGGCAUGUGGAACGGUGGGUGGUGUUGGUGGGGGUGGCAUUUUUGUCCCAAUGCUUACUUUGAUUGUUGGAUUUGAUACCAAGUCUGCUGCUGCUCUUUCCAAAUGUAUGAUAAUGGGGGCUUCAGCAUCAUCAGUUUGGUACAAUUUAAGGGUGCCUCAUCCAUGCAGAGAAGUGCCCAUUCUAGACUAUGAUUUGGCACUUCUGUUCCAGCCCAUGCUAAUGCUAGGCAUCACCGUUGGUGUGGCUCUCAGUGUUGUCUUCCCUUAUUGGCUCAUCACUGUGCUCAUCAUUAUUCUAUUCUUGGGGACAUCAUCAAGGUCUUUUUUCAAGGGUAUCGAGAUGUGGAAGGAAGAGACUAUUUUGAAGAAAGAAUUGGUGCAGCAACAAGAAACUGUAGUUAACUCUCGCGGUGAAUUAUUAAUUGAUACAGAGUAUGAGCCAUUGAUUCCUAGAGAGGAGAAAACAGCAAUGCAAAUUUUACGUUUUAACCUGAGGUGGAAAAGGAUUCUGGUGCUUCUCCUUUUAUGGGCUUCUUUUCUUCUUCUUCAGAUCAUUAAGAAUGAUGUGGCAGUUUGCAGUACAUGGUAUUGGUUAAUUUUCUUAUUACAGUUCCCUUUAGCAUUUGGAGUGUUUGGGUUUGAAGGUAUUAAAUUGUACAAAGAAAGCAAGCAGAGGAGGAUAGAGGGGAACACAGAAUCAGUAUGUGAAGCUACGCUUGAAUGGACCCCAAUCCAACUAGCAUUCUGUGGACUCUGUGGUAUCUUGGGAGGCACUGUUGGGGGCCUACUGGGAUCUGGCGGUGGAUUCAUUCUCGGUCCGCUCCUCCUCGAGAUCGGUGUCAUCCCCCAGGUUGCCAGCGCGACAGCAACGUUUGUGAUGCUGUUCUCAUCAUCCUUAUCUGUGGUGGAGUUCUACCUCCUCAAAAGGUUCCCUAUUCCAUACGCUUUGUACCUCAUUUCAGUUUCAGUUUUGGCCGGCUUCUGGGGACAAUUCUUUAUAAGAAAACUCGUUGCUUUUCUAAAAAGAGCUUCAUUAAUUGUGUUCAUUCUCUCAGCUGUUAUCUUUGCCAGUGCUCUAAUAAUGGGGGUGGUCGGCAUUGAUAAAAGUAUCAAAAUGAUUCACAACCACGAGUUCAUGGGAUUCUUAGGAUUUUGUAGCAGUCAAUAAUCUUAGGUAAUUGAACAACAUUUCAGUGAUGAUAUACAAAAUGUGAAGGUAAGGAAUAUUCAUAUAUAUGCAUAGAAAUAAGUGUUGAGUGUUGGUCAAUGCCUAAUUGACCAUUCUCAACAAUGCUAUGAUAAAAUAGAUGUUUCUUUGUGUUUGAUUGUAAGGGUGGCUGUGCGGAGUGUUAGCUAGUCGUUACCACCACCACUGUCACCACCAUUGCUGCCUCAUUAGUUUUCCAUUCAUUGCAGCAUUGAUUCUUCCCAUGUAUUGGAUAUUCAUUCAAGAUUCUUAAUAAAAGAGAAUGUUUGAGUUUU